AUGCCUGCUAUUACGCCAGCACCACGACCGGCCGAAGUCCAUGUCCGCUCGCUACAACAUAGACAAGAUCCGGAUGCACUUGACAUUUUACAGGUGCUCAUCACAGCACUACCACUUUCGCUACGUCAAAUCGCUGCCACAAAUAUACCCGCCGUUUCGAGCAUAUUAUGGUCCGAGUUUCUGGACGACAAGAGACCUCAGUGGUUCCAAGAGUUACCAUACGAUAUCCAGAGUUAUUUCAUACGUGAAUUUGGACCGGCGACGGCAGCACCACCAGCUAGCGGAACAUUGCCGACUGGAGUUACUGCGUCAGUAACGGGACCACCGACCGAGACGAGCGCUUUACAAUCAUCCUCAUUAUCGGGGUCAGAACAGGUUACGACAUCUACACCUACAGCACUUAGCAGCUCAUCUAUUGAGACGUCGAGUUUAGCUUCUUCGGAUUCUUCGACUUUGCUGUCGAUUAGUGCUUCCUCUGCGACUAGUCUUUCCGCAUCAAUCUCCUCGACAUUGAGCUCAUCUGCGAUUCCAACUACGACUGCAGAUCCUAUAGCUCCUGAAUUCAGCGAUUCUGGUCUGACGAGACGCGAAAAGGUUGCAAUCGGUGUUGGCGUGCCGCUAGCACUACUUGUUGUCGCGGUACUGUUAUUCAGCUGUUGUUUCUUGCUACGCCGGAAAAGAAGAAGGGCAAUUGAAGGCAGCCAACCUCCUUCAUCGCCAGGAUUUAUCCCACACUUCUCAUUUCAAGAUCGAGGCUUGAGUCGGGAGCGUCUAGAACACCGAGCUCCAUUGAACCCUUCGUACCAUCAAAGCCGAUUUGUAGAAGACACAAACUGGGAAGAUGAAGGUUAUGACCCAGUAACAGCCUAUCAAGGUCACACAAUACCCCCAGCAGCAGCGCCAACUCCAUCGCAAGCAUACGCCAUAGCUGAAGAAGGACGACACGAUUCUUACCAAGGAAACUCGGUACCUGCAGUAGCACCACAGAUGGGAAUGCAGGACAACCACCGUCCCAUACUCGCCCCAGCCCUCUACCACAGCCACUCGUCCAACCGCGCCCGUGGCCGCCGAACAAGCUACACAAGUCUACACUCGGUUGCUGAAGUCACAGAGCCCGAGUCAGAAACCGCGAUUGAAUCCCCCGUCCUAGGCCGCCACAACCUACCCCCACUCAACACGAGAAUCGGAUCCUCUUCUAGAAAACCAAUUGGAGCCACACCCACUUCAGCAAGAAGCAUAAAACGCAAACCCGUUCCCAUCAGUCCAGCCGCAGACAUGGCAUCUCGCAGCCUCCUGCGCCCACCACUCGCACGCAACGCAGAUGACCAUAGUGGAAGUAGUUCCUCAGGCCUCGUACUAUCCAGUCUAUCAAGUUACAAAUCAAGUUCUUCAAACGGUGGGUAUCACGCUUCACCCUAUAAUUCCUCCGGUGGAGAAGACGACGAAGACACUGCUGCGAUCCAGCACAAUCAGCCCCAAUACAGCCAUACUCCACAACCACAACCACAAGCGCCAACGACGACAAUUAAUCCCUUCACAAACUCCAACGCUGGCUACAAGUACCUAGAAGACUACGGCCCAGAGUACUCGCAUGACGGGUACAAUAACUACAGCGACGGCGAUGAUGGAGCGUAUGGUGGACAUGUGAGCUUGGAUCGGUAUGGGGAUCCGGGGAGUCCGCGUGAGAUGGGGAGUAGUAGUAAGAGUGGGAAGACGGAGUGGCCGUUGAGGAAUAUGAUGGGUGGGGGGAGUGGGAGGGAGAAGGCGAGAGUGAGGAGUCCUGUGUGGGAUCGGGUUUAUGAGAGGGUUUGA